AUGAGUGCGCGUGAAAAAGGAAGAAAAUUUUUCACUUUCUUUUUUGUGGACGUUUUCUUGUUUGUUGUGCCCUGCCGCAUCUCAUCGCUUAUCUCAGAGAGGCAGCGCGAGCGAUCCUGCGAGGCAGCGAGCGAGCGAGGGACAGAAAGAGAGAAGGGACCGCAGAGAAGAAAAAAGAAACGUGGAGCGGGCGGGUCCAUGCUGGUGCGCUGUGAUUGCUUUUUCAUGGAGCGUGCUGUGCUGUGCUGUGGUGCGGUGUGUGGGUGGGUGGUUACCCGACAAAUAGCUGAGGGUAUGUCACUGUGCACGGUGUUCGUGCCCUGUGAUAUGAAGAUGUGCACUGGGGGACCCCGAAUGUGUCCACGUGAAAAAUAUUUAGCCGCCCACCCUCAUCAGAUAUAUAAAGCAAGGAGGUUUAAGGGAAGCAGGCUUACUCAAUAUCAUGAUCGUAUCCACUUAUAA